AUGCUAGAUACGUUAUUUAAAAUCAUUCAACAUCAAUCAACACAAUCAUCAAGAGGUCUACUAAUCCCAUUAGAAGAUAUAGAGAAGUUGAUAUUACAAAUAAUAACUUCCAUAUCUAAUAUCACCAAAAGUGAUUACCAAUUUUCGAAACGCUGUGAAGAGUAUUUUGGGUAUGUAGAACCAUUGCAAAUUAAAUUAAACGAUCAAGAUGAUUGUGGUUAUUAUAUUCCUAUUCAGCAAAGCAUUAAACGUUUAUUGAGUAAACCAGAUGUGAUUACUUAUUUGGUCAACAAUUUAAAUGAUAAUAUAACACAGACAAAGAACGAUCCUGACUUAAUGUUGAUAUAUCGUGAUGGUACUGUGGCAAAAGAUAAUCCUUCAUUAAAGCUUCAUCCUAAUUCAUUUUUAAUUCAACUUUAUUCAGAUGGGAUUGGAGUAACAAAUCCAAUUGGUCCUAAAAAGGAUGAACAUAAACUCACAUUAUAUUAUUUCGUUUUAGAAGAUUUACCAGAUGUUGUAAGAUCUAUGUUACAAUCAAUUGGCCUUGUUGGAAUAUGUCCUACAAAAUAUGUAUCAUUACAAACAAAUCGUAUAAAAUAUUUUGAACCAAUUGUAAAAGAUUUAAAUUAUUUACAAACAACAGGUUUUACUGUUCAAACGUUCGAUGGUCAACUGCACUUUGCAUUUAGUUUAUUGGCAGCCGAUAAUCUUGCAUCACAUGAGAUUGGUGAUUUUCAACGGAAUUUCAAUUCUGAAGAAGAAAUUGGUGGAGUUAUGUUAGCAAGAUUACCAUUUGAUGAAUUACGUGCAUUAUUUCCAAAAUUAAAAGAUCGAGUAUUAUUCACUGAAAAACGUGAUAUAUUGAUAAAAGAAAAUAAUAAUACUACAAAUGAACAAUUAGAUGGAAAAAAUAUUUUAAAUGAAUCUUCAACACAAGAUUUACUCGAUGAUAUACCCUUAUUUUGUAAUGACAUGAAUAAUGAAACAUCUGGAACAACGUCAAAUAUUGAUUGUCAAUUAAAUGAAGAUGAAAAUGGCAAUUUGGAAGAGUCACAACAGAAUUUAUCAUCAGAUUUUGCAUUUGUAUCAUUACAAGAAGAAAUUCAAGUGAUAGUUGAUGAAAACGACCUAAUGAAACUACGUGAACAUACAAAUCAUCGACGAAUACUCCUUAACUUCGUGUUUAAAAUUGUUGUUAAUACUUACAAUUUAUUGUAUAGGAUAAUACAUAUACAUCUUGUAGAUAUAAAACCUUUUUUUGUUUAUUUUCUUCAUAUGUAUCCUAAAGCAAGUGAUUAUUUUUUAAUUACACAAACUUUACUUAAAACAUUAAAAAUUUCAACAACAGAUGCAAAUGCAACUAAUGAAUGGCGUGAAGCGAUUAAACAAAAAUUAAAAAAUGAACGUCGUCUUUUACAAAAAAUAUCUCCAGUAGUUCAACGAAAAAAAGAAAAAUUUGGAAAAGGUUGUGGAUGUUAUGCAAAAAAAAGUCAAGUUUUAUCUGCUGAGCGACAGCAUGAAAAAAUGAUUUAUGUCAGUAGUAUUAUGGAUGAAUGUGAUAUUGAACAAUUAGUUACAACAAUGAAAGAGAGUAUUCAAAAUGGAACAAUACAUAACGACGUAUUGAAUACUUUAUGGAAAAAAACAUUCGGUUAUCGUCGAUUAUUCAUUAGUUCGCACACAACAAAUGAAAUACUAGAAAAAUUUCCCGGUUACUCAUAUCCAUGUCUAGAGCCGAUCGUCCCAACACCUUGUAUUAAAGUAUCGAAUGAAAAAUUUCAAUUGUAUCUUGAUUGGCAAGUUGUUGCAAAAACGACAAGUUCAACAACAGCAUUAUCAUUAUUAUUGUCAAUAUACAAUGUAUUUGAACUCGAGCACAAAAAAUCUCAAACACAAACAACAAACUCUAUUGACUAUGUUUGUACACAAACAGCACAACAGUUACAGGUUCAUUCUACAGCAACAACAACAGAAAGUGCUUAUUCAUUCGCAACAUUAAAUACAGGAGAAAAUGAAUCACCACAAUCACCACAAUCAAUUCCAUUAAUAAUACCUGAUCAAGAACAACAACCACAUAAUAAUUCAUUACUACAGAUCCAUGAAUCCGAACAAAAUACUGUUGGUAUUGAAAUAGCAUCAUCAACAGCUGUACAUUCAAGAAUCGUAUAA